AUGGCCAUUGUAGUUCAUCAUUUGGGCGAGAAUUCAAAAGUGCGUCAAUUGGAAGCUGAGAACAAUCGUCUCACUGUCCAAAUCAAGGAUAUUGAAGUAGUUGAGAAAAAGGAGAGAAACAACCUCGCUGAACGUUUCGAAGCCGAGAGGGCUCGCCUCCGUAAUGCUCUGGAAGAUGCUCGUGAACAAGCAGCUAAAUAUGCAGUUGAACGUGAUUCGGCUAUCGGUGAACAUGAGCGUCUAGCAUCGAAAGUUGCCAAGCUGGAGAGGGAUUUGAAAAAGUCCGAAGAGGAUCGCCUCUCAGCCCUGUCUCUGGCAGAAUCCAGCACUGCCAAGCAGAAGAACAUGCAGAACAGACUCGACAAAGCCGAAGCAGAUGUUGCCAACCUAGAAAAGGAGCUGGCUCGUCUCCGCAUGCAGUUGGCUGCGCUCCAGAAGAACCUCGAAGACGAAAGUGUUCUGCGUGCGGCAGCGAAUGCCAAAAUCCAGGCAUUGACUGAGGAUUUGGAGUUCCAGAAGAAGCAGCAUAAGUCGGCUCUCGAAGAAGUUCGCCACAAACGCCAAGUUGAUAUGACUACUUAUGCCAAGCAAAUCAACGAUGAAUACCAGUCUAAGCUUCAAGAUCAGCUUGCUGAGAUGCGCGCCCGUUUCCAGUCCCAACUGGCUGCUAAUAAAGGAGCUUUUGAGGAGUCCUACAAGAACAAGCUCAAUGAUGCCCGCGAACGAGCCGAAGCUGCUCAUGAUGAAGCAGCACGUAUGCGAGUUCGUGUUCAUGAGCUUGAGAAGAGUGGAAGCUCCCAUGACUCACUGAUUGAAGGACUCCGUCGCGAACUUGCCGAUCUCAAGGAUGAACUCGAUCGCGCCAGAAGAUCUUAUCAGGAAAGACUUGAUGGAAAGGAACUACGCAUUGCUGAACUGAACCGUGAAAUUCAACGCAUGAUGGACGAGUUCCAUGACUUGCUUGAUGUGAAAAUUCAACUGGACACUGAACUGAACACAUACCGCAUGUUGCUUGAGUUUUCAUAUCAUCGUUUUGCAGGAGGUGGAGGUGCCCGCGGACUGAAGAGAGCUAGAGUGGAAUGGGGAGGAGAUGAUGAACUCGAUUUCCAUCGUUUGCGUCAGAAGCUCCAAAAGCAUGUUGAUGGACCA